AUGGGCUCCAUCUAUCGCUCAGAGGUGAUGAGCCUCUGCCAGAUCUUCUUACAAACGGAUUCCGCUUAUCAAUGCGUUGCAGAACUUGGAGAACUGGGACUUGUACAGUUCUUAGACUUAAAUGAAGAGAUGAACUCGUACCAAAGGAAAUUCGUUAACGAGGUUCGUCGUUGCGAAGAAAUGGAGAGAAAAUUAAAUUUCAUCGAAGCAGAAGUGGUGAAGGAUGAUGUAGAGAUCAAAGAUCACGAUGAGCACAUUCCAGCACCUCAGCCGAAGCAUAUGAUAGAAAUGGAGGCAAAUUUCGAAAAACUCGAGGAAGAACUAUUGUCGAUCAACACAAGUUCCAAGCAACUUAUAACGAACCACGUUCAACUGCUUGAAAUAAAAGCGGUUCUCGAAAAAGUUCAUCUUCUACUGGACGCAGGUACGAAACGCGAUGCUGCAAUGUCCAUCAGCGAAGCUGCUCGCGGCGAAGCUGGUCCUUUUACUAUCGGAAUCAAAAACGAAAUAGAGAAGGAGAAAAGGGACGAGAAUGAACUAAAGUUUGUCGCAGGUGUGAUCAGUCGUAAGAAAAAAGUCUCAUUCGAACGUUUCAUAUGGCGUUUCUGUCGGGGCAAAGUCUUUGUUCGUACCGCUGACAUCGAAGAGAGAACAGAAGUAUUCGACACAAAAAAGCCCGACAACAAAUCAGUAUUCAUGCUGUUCUUCUCCGGUGAACAGCUAAGAUCCAGAGUAACGAAGAUUUGCAACGGGUUCCAAGCAACUAUCUACAAUUGCCCUGAGUACACAUCAGAACGUGCUCAUUUACUUGGUCAAAUCAGUGCACAGGUCAACGAUAUGGAAAGCGUCAUCAGUAAAACGUUAGAGUAUCGCAGAAAAAUCAUUUUUGGAGCAUCGCUUAGUGUGAAAAGAUGGAGCAUUAUGCUUUUGAAAUUGAAAGCGAUUUUUCAUACGCUGAACAUGUUCUCCGUUGAUGUCACUCAUAAAUGUCUUAUCGCCGAAUGUUGGGUACCUACGGUCGAUCUACAGCUCGUGAAAAUGGCUCUACGUAAAGGAACGGACCAAUCCGGUUCCACCAUACAUGCAGUACUUAACGAAAUGGAAACACAUCAUACACCACCAACACAUUUUAAACUGAACAAAUUCACUCAAGGUUUCCAGAAUAUUGUCGACGCUUACGGUAUUGCAAACUACAGAGAAGUGAAUCCAGCUCCAUGGUCAAUUAUUUCCUUUCCGUUUCUCUUUGCUGUUAUGUUUGGUGAUUCCGGACACGGAUCGAUCAUGCUCUUAGCUGCUCUUGCCUUCGUACUAUUUGAAAACAAAUUGAUUUCGAUGAAGAUCAAGGAUGAGAUUUUCAACACGUUCUUCGGUGGUCGCUAUGUCGUACUUCUUAUGGGGAUAUUUUCUAUUUACACUGGACUUCUCUACAAUGAUAUCUACUCGAAAUCGAUAGAUAUUUUCGGAUCAUCGUGGAAAAAUCCAUACCCACAAUCACUACUUGCUCAUAUGGACGAGCAGGGUUACAAUAGCUCUCAAACUUUGGAUCUGACCUGGCCACCUGAACACUCUUUUGAUUCGAAUCUGGGACCGUAUCCAUUCGGUGUGGAUCCAGUCUGGAAUGUGGCUAAAAACAAAUUGAACUUCUUAAAUCCAAUGAAGAUGAAGACGUCAAUCAUUCUUGGUAUCAGUCAAAUGACUUUCGGUCUACUUCUAUCCCUCUGUAAUCACAUACACAACCGUUCCUUAGUCGACAUUUUCUUCGUCUUCGUUCCACAGUGCUUCUUCCUUGGAUGUAUUUUCGUUUAUUUAUGUGUCAUGGUAGUUCUCAAAUGGAUUUUCUUCUACGUAAAUCCUGCCUUCAUUUUUGGUCGAUUGUAUCCCGGUUCGAACUGCGCCCCAUCACUAUUGAUUGGUCUCAUCAAUAUGUUCAUGCUUAAAGGAAGAGAUCCCGGAUUCGUUCAACACGUCAACAGCAUAAAUGCCACCGCUUCCGUAAUAAUCAACAAUAAAAAUUAUACAUAUGAUGUAUACGAUCAAUGCUACUUACAACAAUGGUAUCCCGGCCAGGGGCUCAUAGAAGAAAUUCUUCUUCUUCUCGCCGUAGUUUCCAUUCCAAUUAUGUUAUUUGUGAAACCAUUCUACAUUCGAUGGCGUCAUAGCAGAGGAUUGCCGAUUGCUGGUGGGCAUGGACAUGGUGGGGGUGGCGAGGAUGAGGAGUUCAAUUUUGGUGAUGUGAUGGUUUAUCAAGCGAUUCAUACGAUUGAAUUCGCUCUCGGAUGUAUUUCUCACACUGCCUCAUACCUUCGACUGUGGGCACUGUCUCUUGCUCAUGCACAGCUUUCCGAAGUACUCUGGGAUAUGUUACUAGCGAUGGGUUUGGAAAUGGGUGGAUGGGCUGGUUCGGCGGCCAUAUUCAUUCUUUUCUUCUUCUUUGGAGUGCUUUCAAUUUCGAUUUUAAUUCUUAUGGAAGGUCUGUCCGCCUUCUUGCACGCACUUCGUCUGCAUUGGGUCGAAUUCAACUCGAAAUUCUAUGGAGGUACUGGGGUUGCAUUCGAACCACUUCACUUCACUCGACUUAUACGUAUGGCAGAAGGGCUAGAGCAAUAA